UCUUCUCUCUGAUAUAGGUAUAAGUGAGACAGCUAUCGAUAGUUCAACUCAAGAUCUCGAAUUUCGAAUAUUUCCUGCUGUGUGUAGGGACGAUGUAUACUUCCGGUGUGUUGUUUGACGUUUCUCCUUUAUCUGUGCUGUAAUUGUAGUCACUGAUAUAUUGACCGAUUAUAAUUGUUGAGGUGUAAGAAUUUAUCUAACAAAAUCAUGCUUGUCCUGGUACUGGGUGAUUUGCACAUUCCACAUAGAUGUAGUAGCCUUCCCAGUAAAUUCAAAAAGCUGUUAGUACCAGGUAGAAUACAGCAUAUUUUGUGCACUGGUAAUCUCUGUACAAAGGAAUCCUAUGAUUACCUCAAAACUUUGGCCAGUGAUGUGCAUGUAGUCAGAGGAGAUUUUGAUGAGUUUGUGUUACAGAAUUUGAAUUACCCAGAACAAAAAGUAGUUACUGUAGGUCAAUUCAGAAUAGGGCUUUCACAUGGGCAUCAAGUGGUGCCAUGGGGUGAUCCAGAAUCUUUAGCGUUGAUACAGAGACAAUUGGAUGUUGACAUUCUGAUAUCUGGACAUACUCACAAGUUUGAGGCAUAUGAACAUGAAAAUAAGUUUUACAUCAAUCCUGGGUCAGCUACCGGAGCUUACAAUCCUCUGGAUACAUCGGUAAUUCCGUCUUUUGUGUUGAUGGACAUCCAGAGCUCAACAGUGGUCACUUACGUGUAUCAGCUAGUUGGAGAUGAAGUUAAAGUGGAGAGAAUUGAAUAUAAAAAAAGUUAGAAAGUCGUCUUAGAAUCUUCGGUAUAUGUAUAAUAUACACUUUGGAUAUAUAAUAUAUAUAUCUGUCAAGGAUGAAAAUAUUCAAGAAAAGUUUCACUAUGCACGUAAAUAUUUACGCAAUAUUUACGGAAUAUUUGUAAUCUUUAAGUGAAUUAAAUAGCAUUUAAGCGUGAUUUAUUGCAUCGUAGGGUGUUGUAAAUAAACUGAAUCGAUAUUGUAUAUAUAAAAAGUUUUCUUACGAAUUUACAUACACGUAAUACAUUUAAAGAAAAUAUCAAAUUUUUUUGAUGUUAUACUUUAUGGCUGUAGUAUAAAAAACAAAAACUUUAAAAAUCUGAACAGAGGCUGCGUUUGCGCGCUACAAGACGCUUGCUGAUGCUAAUUUAGUUGUUCGGGGAGUUAUUGUGACGCUCAGUUACAAGCUCUUCGAACGACUUUUGUGAGUGUAAGCACCAUGACAAACACAAUUGAAAAUAAUCGUAUUGAUACCGCAAUGAAUUACAAUUUUGCGUGAAAUCACAACAAAUAUUGAAAUAGUUAAAUAACGUGCACUUCAAGUCGAGCGGAUGAAAGCAAAAAAUAAUCGCACAGCGUUUGAGAACAUUUUGGCUUUAUAAGCGCUAUUAGUAUAUCGUAUCUUAUCUCGAAAUCUCGAGUGAUGACGCUGCAAUGCAAAAACAAUAACGUUAACAUUACUUUGUUAGCACUACGAAGCUGCUCCACAAAUAGCCAAGUGUGUUUAUAGCAUCAAAAGCGCGCCAAAACGCAGCAAGAGUUAGAAAGAAAUAAUAUCAAAAACAAAUAAUAGAAUUUCAUAUAAAUUUUAUAUAUAUAUAUAUUUCUCGAAGUUUUAUAUAUGUACACACACUUCAAAAAUGUUUAUUACAUAUAGAUUUUUUGUGUUAUGGAAGUUUCACUAUGUUUUCGAUUUUACUUUGUCUGAUAAAAGCGAAUCGUGAGUUACCAUCUAAAAUAUGGUAUUAAUUGCUUAAGCAAAUUAGCAAAAUUCUUAGUGUUUUCUUUUGCAUCUAUCUAUUCCCGAAUUAGCAAAAAACAGUAUAUCUCUUAUAUUUUAAAUACAUCAUGAUAAAAGUUAAUUAAAAUUAUACUUAAAACGGCAUUUAUUGUUUCACUUGUUGAUGCAUUGUCUCUUUUCAGUUUGUCACACAAACAACACCAAAACUCCCUAUCCAAAAUAAAAGAAAAAAAGAUUUGUCCCGAUAAAAAGACUUUCAAAAUUUUUUAAACUAAAGAAAAGUAUGCGGUAAAACAGCGAGAAAGCGCGUAUAAAUUUUAUUCAGAUAGCAAGACACUAUUUGA